GUAACGGUUGAUCUGCUCGCUAUAAAUAAGCGGUCGCAAGAGCUUUCGUUUUCACCACUCAUAACUCGAACAAAGCUCUCGUGGGUGUCUCCACUCAGCCGAAUUCGAUCAGAAGAAUCUCAACGAGAAAGAGAGACAGUACGAAGCGAAGGUCUGUGCAUGCUUGCUCUUGCAAUGAGAUGUGUUCUUCGUGUUUUCUGUCUCCUAAUACGGUUUUGUUCCAUUCAUCUACAGAUGAAGAUCGUGAUGAAGGUCGAGAUGAGUUGCGGGAAGUGCAGGACCAAGGCAUUGCAGAUCGCUGCUCAGGCAGAUGGUGCAGAGUUCGUGGGGUUCGACGAGGAGCGUCGAGAUGAAGUGGUGGUGAUGGGGAGAGGAGUUGAUGCUGUGAAGAUUGUGAGCGCAUUGAGGAAGAAGGUCGGGAAGACGAGGCUGAUAAGCGUUGAGGAUUAAUCGGCGAAGGCUAAAGCUAGAACGAGACGGAGUUCAUAGAGAUGAGAAGAUUUUUCAGGAUUUUCUAUUAAGCACAUACUGCACUUGGUGUUCCCAUAGAUUUGAUUACUUCUUUCCAUGCAAAUCCUCAUUGUUCAUGUCCUAGAAAAAGUGAAGUGAGACACUUAUGCAUAUUUAUUCUUGGACUGUCGAUUACAUAUUAUGUUAUUCAUGUCUGUAUGCUCUUAAAAUCAUAAAUGCUUGUACUUUGCCCUCGUACUUUGAAUAAUUGAGUUACACAGAGUUUCUUGAAA